AUGGAGGCUGCAAGCGACAGCGAGUGGGAGCUGGUGACGGAGCAGGACCGGACAUUGGCUCCGCUGGUGGUUGCUGCUCCGUCGAAGGAUGAACUUAAGUGCUCAAAGGAUCUCUCCAUGGUGCACAACAUUUAUCGGGGUGUGCAAACGAGCGAGAUUGUGGACCGUCUGGGGCAGUGCAACGGUAACGUGCUGGUCGUGGUAAAUGUUUUGCUGGAGGAGAUUGCAGAGCCGCUAUUCACAGCCAAGUGUCGAGGCAGCCCAGUAGAAUUGGCAAUCUCGAUCGGAGCUUUUCGUUUCCGUGCAUACCAGAAGCGCAAUUGCAAUGCCCCUCGCCAUAGUAAGGACGGAUCGGACGAACACGACAAUACGGACGGCGAGUCCACGACGUCGUCAUCGUCCAUAUCGCCAACCCGCUGA